CUCUGCUUUUCCUUCUCCGCCUGUUUGCUCCCCCCGCUCACAACAGUACAGUAACACACCAUUCCUCUCGUAGUGGUAGCAGCCGACACAAGCGUGUCCGGUCUCUCCUCGUAGCUUCAGUUUCUGCUCUGCAUAUAAACUAGCCAUUUAUCAUCAGUCAUGGCCGCCGGAGUACAAAUUUAACUCCCUUUUUUCCUCCCUGUGGUUCGGAGGGGAGGCUUUUUUUUUUCUUUUUGUUGUUUGUUGGGUUGAGGAACAACAAAAAUAAGAAAACAUUAGUCCAACACUGAUUUGGAUUUCCUCUUGGAAUUACAAUACAUCUCACAAGGGAAAUACCAUUCAUGUCAAUACUGCAACAUGCAGCCGCCGCCGAGGAAGGUCAAAGUGACACAGGAGCUGAAAAACACUCACACAGAGCAGAUGACAAGACUGCACUUUAAACACCAGACCGAAUGUGACCUGCUAGAAGACAUGAGGAGCUACAGUCUGAAGAAGGGACAGCUGGAGCGGGACUAUGCACAGGCUCUGCAGAAAUUAGCGAGUCAGUACCUAAAGAGAGACUGGCCUGGAAUCAACCCCGAUGACCAGAGAACAGACUAUAGGAAUGUGUAUGCAGUGUGGAGGUCCUACUUAGAAGGUACAGUCCAGGUGAGCCAGUCCAGGCUCAAUGUAUGCGACAAUUACAAGAGUCAAAUAUCAGAGCCUGCUAAGACUGUUAGACUGUACAAGGAGCAGCAGCUUAAAAAGACCAUAGAUCAGUUGAGUGGUAUUCAAGCAGAACUGCAGGAGUCAGUGAAGGAGUUGGCCAAAGCUAAGAAAAAAUACUACGACUGUGAGCAGGUUGCCCAUGCUAUAAGAGAGAAGGCCGACAUAGAAGCUAAGUCUAAACUGGGUCUUUUUCAGUCAAGAAUUAGUUUACAGAAAGCAAGUGUAAAGUUGAAAGCAAAGAGAAGUGACUGUAACUCAAAGGCGACACAGGCCAGGAAUGACUACUUGCUAACGCUAGCUGCUGCCAAUGCUCACCAUGAUCGCUACUACCACACAGAUCUGCUGCACUGCAUACAGGCCUUGGAUGGCAGAAUCUAUGAGCAUGUUAAAGACUACCUGGUGGCACUCUGUCGCACUGAGCUAGAGGCCUCACAAGCUACACACAACACCUACCAGUUUCUUUUGGACAAAUCCACCAGGAUAAUGCAAGAGUACAACCAGCAGUUGUUCAUGCAAGAGAAUCCAGUGUUUCACAAAGCGCACGACUUCCAGUUCCAGCCAAGUGAAUGUGACACGAGUCGUCAGCUGGAGUCAGAGUCGGGGACGACGGAGGAGCACAGUCUGAACAAGGAGGCCAGGAAAUGGGCAACCAGGGUGGCCAGAGAGCACAAGAAUAUCAUUCACUACAAGAGAUCUCUGGAGGAGUGUGAAAGCCACGGUUUGCCUCCCACAGAGCAGGGAAGAUUAGAUCUGGAGAUGAAGAUCGAAGACACCAAAGAAAGCAUGCGCAAAGCUGAGACAAUAAAGUUGAAAGCUGAAGCUCGGCUGGACCUUCUGCGUCAAGUUGGGGUUGCUGUGGAUACCUGGCUGAAGAGCGCCAUGAACCAGGUGAUGGAGGAGCUGGAGAAUGAACGUUGGGCCAGCUACACUUCCCACGACCCCUCACUGUCGGGCACAGUGGACCUGGAGCGUGAGGAAGGUGAAGAGUGUGAGGAGAAUAUGGAGGUUUUUGACGACAGCAGUUCCAGCCCUUCGGGGACCCUCCGCAACUACCCACUAACCUGCAAAGUCCUGUAUUCAUACAAGGCCUCUCAGCCAGACGAGUUAACUAUUGAUGAGCAGGAGAUGCUGGAGGUCAUUGAGGACGGAGACAUGGAGGACUGGGUCAAGGCACGCAAUAAGGCAGGUCAAGUGGGCUACGUCCCAGAGAAAUACCUGCAGUUCCCGACCUCCAACAGUCUGCUGAGCAUGCUCCAAUCUCUGGCUACGCUCGAUGCUCGGUCGCACACCUCGUCUAAUUCAACAGAGCCAGAGCUGCACUCGGGCUGCAUCAAUGGAGACACAAAUAUGGUGUAUGUGCGCGCUCUUUAUGAUUACAAGGGCCAGGCAGAUGAGGAACUCUCCUUUUCCGAGGGAGCUGUGAUCCGCCUGUUAAGCCGUGACACUCAGACAGACGACGGCUUCUGGGAGGGGGAGCUGAACGGGCGGGUGGGCGUUUUCCCCUCUGUGUUAGUAGAAGAUCUUACUGAAAAUGGAGAGACCAACGUGGGAGGGGUGGGUGACACACAGAUCUCUCCCUCUUUGAAACUGCCAUCUUCUCUGCCACCUCUUCCCCUGUACGACCAGCCUCCCAUCAGUCCUUUCACCAGCCCCGAGACCUCCACUCCACCUCCUCUGCCACGUUCCCCUUCUGCUGCUCUCAAUGGGGAGCAUAAGCUUCCGCUGCCUGCCUCAUCACACAAAGGACCGCUGUCCACUCACAAUCAAAGCUCUGGCAGGAGUCCAGUGUCUCCUGGAUUUGCUAAAACCCAGCCACCAAGAUUCACCCCUGAAGGAGGCCCGGGCAAACUACGACCGGUGCGAGCCGCUCCUCCUCCACCCAAGCAGCACCCCCGCCGACAGCAGGAGAAGAGCGACAAGACGGAGGAGGUGGAGAUCACGCUGGUGUGACAGACAAACAAACUGACAGCCGGUUAUAGGCGCACAAAAAA